AUGGUGUUGGCGGAGCUCGGAGGACGUAUCACACACGCUAUACAUCAGAUGCGCAACGUGACAAUCAUCGACGAAAAGGCUCUAAACGAAUGCUUGAACGAGAUCACUCGUGCUCUGCUUCAAUCCGAUGUUUCGUUCACUCUUGUGAAGGAGAUGCAGACAAACAUCAAGAAGAUCGUCAACCUCGAGGAUCUAGCUGCUGGCCACAACAAGCGCCGGAUCAUCGAGCAGGCUAUCUUAAGUGAACUGUGUAAGAUGCUGGAUCCGGGAAAGUCUGCAUUUGCCCCCAAAAAGGCUAAACCUAGUGUAGUUAUGUUUGUCGGAUUACAAGGUGCUGGAAAAACCACCACGUGUACAAAGUAUGCUUAUUAUCAUCAGAAGAAAGGCUACAAGCCAGCUUUAGUGUGUGCGGAUACUUUCAGAGCGGGUGCUUUUGACCAGUUGAAACAGAAUGCCACUAAGGCUAAGAUCCCCUUUUAUGGAAGCUACACUGAAUCCGAUCCUGUGAAAAUUGCUGUUGAGGGAGUUGAUAGGUUCAAGAAAGAAAAAUGUGAUCUUAUUAUUGUUGAUACAAGUGGUCGCCAUAAACAAGAAGCUUCUCUCUUUGAAGAGAUGCGUCAAGUUGCUGAAGCGACGAAACCCGAUCUUGUUAUAUUUGUUAUGGAUAGCAGUAUUGGUCAAGCUGCGUUUGAUCAAGCUCAAGCAUUUAAGCAAAGUGUUGCUGUGGGAGCUGUGAUUAUUACUAAGAUGGAUGGGCAUGCCAAGGGUGGUGGUGCUCUUAGUGCUGUUGCAGCUACGAAAAGCCCUGUGAUCUUCAUUGGAACAGGAGAGCAUAUGGAUCAGUUUGAAGUCUUUGACGUCAAACCAUUUGUCAGCCGUCUCUUAGGAAUGGGUGAUUUGUCUGGAUUGGUAGAUAAAUUACAAGGGGUGGUACCUAAAGAUCAACAAGCUGAAUAUUUGGAAAAGAUCUCCAAGGGUAACUUUUCAAUGAGAAUGAUGUACGACCAGUACCAGAGUCUUUUGAAUGCCGGGCCACUUAGCGAGUUGUUCUCAAGGGUGCCUGGAGUGAGUGCCCAAAUGAUACCGAGUGGUAGCGAGGCUAAGAUAAAGAAAUACAUGACAAUGAUGGAUUCUAUGACAAAUGAAGAGCUGGAUAGCUCAACCCCAAAGGCGUUUAACGAGUCAAGGAUAAUGCGGAUAGCAAGAGGGUCAGGGAGGAUUGUGAGAGAAGUGAUGGAGCUGUUGGAAGAGUACAAGAAGCUAGCAAAGGCAUUUAGCAACAUGAAAGGUCUCAAGAUGGCAAAGAAUGGAGAUAUGAGCUCAAACAGGAAUGCGCAACAGCUGAUGAGCAGAGUCAUACCGCCUCAGAUGCUACAGCAGUUUGGUAGUCUGCAGAAUCUGAUGAGGCAGAUGGGAAAUAUAUGAUUAGACAAAUAUUUUAUUUCUUGCACAGCCAAAGUAUUAGACCUUUUUUUUUUUCUUCUUCCAUACUUUUAA